UACUAUCUUAUAGAACCUUAUCGUUAUCAAUGAUAACACGUCAUUCGUGGAUUUGGCUCAUACAAUGUUAUCUACUAUAGAAUAUCGCACGUAAAAUACAAAAUUUUAAUUUUUUAUUGUGGCAACUAUCUGCUAAACUGUGUUGUGUGUGAAAUAUAAAGAAAAAAAAACCAUCUAGGAAUUUGUAAAAUGUAAAAUCGUGUAUGCCAUUACAGCAUUUGUAUACAUUGUACUGGAAAAACAUUCAUCUCUGUUUGCAGUUUCGAUAUCAGGUAGUAAUGAUCCAGAGACGUGAUGAUACUAUUGCGACUACUAGGAAUAUGCGUUUUUAUUUUAUCAACAAAGUCAGAGUUAUUAGACUUCGAUGACAAUACGAGCGAAAUAUGCUACCUGUGCAUAUGCAAUGACGAUAGAACCAGUAUCGACUGCUCUAGGAGAGGACUUACCAAUCUUCCAGAUGGCAUCCCAAGAAAGGUCAAGAAGCUUAAUAUUUCAAACAAUGAAAUAUCAAUUUUUCCGUCAACAUUCAGCAAGUUGUAUAAUUUAGUAUCCUUAGAUUUAAGUGGCAAUCAGCUCGUUGAAAUACCUGAGAAUGCCCUGCAAAAUCUAACAUAUCUCGAAGUUUUAAAUUUAUCCAAAAACAAUUUUGAAUCAUGGAUAAGUCUUAAUCCAAAUGAAAUCCUGCAGCCGUUAUCUAAUUUGAAAAUUCUGGAUUUGUCCCACAAUAAAUUUACUACAUUGGCGAAUUUAGCAAACCAAGAAUUAUUAAUAAGUCCAUCGUUGGAAACACUUAUAUUGGACAAUUGUGAAAUAGAAUCAAUACACGGAAGAUCGCCAUUAAGUGGACUGAUUAAUAUUAGAGUAUUUAAAAUCAACAAUAAUCCUUUAAUAAGAUUUCAAAACCUUAUCUCACCAACGCUUAAAAGUUUGUACUUAAGUAAUUGUAAGCUUAGCUAUAUUAGCCCUAACGAAUUAUCAUAUUUACCAUCGUUAGUUUACCUUAAAAUGUCACAUAAUUAUCGAUUAGAAAUAUCUUCAACAAUUAACACUCUCUCUUCAACGUCCCUAAAAUAUUUGGAUAUAUCCUAUUGUAACGUACUUCAACCCAGUCUCAAAGGUUUCCAGAAUUUAAGAAAAGCUAUCAUUAAUCACAAUAUGAUAAGAUUACUACCGGGAAAUGAAUUUUUCAAUAACUCAAAGCUGGAAUACCUUGAUUUGUCAUACAACAACAUUGGAUCAAUUUCUAGUAAUACAUUUCGAGGGUUGACGUCACUUAAAUUCUUAGAUCUGUCUUGGAAUGAAAUAGCUCAAAUACCAGAAAACAGUUUGUUAGAAAUGCCAUCCUUAACACAACUGAAAUUGGCAAGGAACUAUAUAACACGAGUUGGAUACUUGAAAUCUACAUCACUAUCAAUCAUCGAUAUGAGCUCCUGUGAAAUAAAUACGAUAGGCAAGGCAUCUUUAGAAGGUUUGCCAUCGCUCGUUGAACUUGAUGUAUCACACAAUCUUAUAUCACAUAUCCCAGAUAGUAUUUCUUCAAACUCCUUGAAAUAUCUAAACCUCAACUAUAACAGACUGAGCCAUAUAACCAACAAUACCUUCUUCAUGUUACCGCGGCUCAGUGGCCUCGGAGUCAUUGGAAAUCGAUUUACAAUAAUCUGGAGCAGAUAUUUCUUUCAGUCUAAUCCAUACUUAGACAAAUUAGAGCUAAGUGACAAUAUGUGGCGUUGCGAUUGCACGGAUGACAAUAUGUUCGAUUUUUAUGAAUAUAUUACUCUCGAACCGAACAAAAAGGAAGAGUCAUACAAUUUAAUGUGCCAUGGACCGCAAGAUGCAGUAGGACAAACUUGGUUAGAGGCAUGCUACUUCACAUGGAACCCCGCGGAGAGAACUCAAAAUGCUAAAAGUUUGAUAUGGUUUAUUAUUAUUAUGAUUGUAGGAUUGGCUCUAUGUCUUGUGUUAGUAAAUGGAAUUAAAACAACAAUGAAUCGUCGUGUAGCAUCCCUCCAAGCAGAAAGAGAAAGACAAGUAGAGGAAGCGAGAGAUAGACUAAGGCAGUUGAGAAUACGUGCAGAACAGGAGGCGUUAUGUAAUACCCCAGACCCAAGAGACUUAAUAGCCCCACCCACCUAUGACGAAGCUCUCUCCAUGCCGAAAUUAAAUGUCUCUUGCUACUCUUUGAAUGAAACGGGAACUGGUAAAAGCAGGAGAAAGAGAGGCAGGAGGAAAACCAAGUCAAGUGGUGACUUACUAGAGGAAACUGAAGCGCACGCUGAUGUAGAAGACUUAGAACUAACAGAAACAAGUAACAGCCGAAGAAGGCGUCGUCGUAGAUCUACAAAAUAUGGAAGUCAUGAGAUUGCAGAACUAGAUCACUCACCAGGCGCAAGGAGACGGCUUAUGUCAGGUAACGAGUCUGACGAUGAUAAUGUAGUAAUACAAGUAGAAGCUGAUCUGGAAAGAUCUACGCGGAAUAGAAAUAGGCGCCAUUCUGUAAAUGAAGUGCCAAGAGAAAGUGACUUUUAGAUAAAGUGUGCUUUAUUGUACUAUUUCAAGUCAUCAUAAAUAGACAUUUAAAACAAAUAGACUAUAAUUUGUUUGGAGUAUAAAAGUACAUAUCAUUAAAAAAAUAUUAUUAUGGAGACACGUUGAGUAUUGUCCAGAUUAUAUCAAUUAUAUAUUUUUAAAAUAAAUUUUGUUAUAAUUC